AAUGUCUUCAAAGGACGACGACGUUCUUCAGUUUCUCGACUCGCUUGAUACUGCGCCCACAAAUAAGACCGGAACUGGCUCUUUAACUCAUGACUCCGACGGCACUUCCCAUGCUCUGAAUGUGCCCUCGACUUCGGAUGGUGUUGCUGGAAACGGAGCCAAUCCACAGGAUGAGCAAUCUGUUCUCGACUUUCUAGACGAAAUCACUCAGUCCGCUGCCUCAUCUACCACUGGGUUGGACUCCAAGGUUCAGUCACCUACAGGUUCACAAGGAAAGCAAUCGAUCUAUGACGCGUCUGCGGCAUUGCCUUCAAGGUAUCUUCAGCAACAGCAACAGCAACAACAUCAGCAGCAUCAACAACAACAGCAACCGCAGGCACCAGUAGAUACAAGGUCAUCGUGGCUAGGUAGCUUAUGGUCAACUGCUUCUGAGGCCGUCAAGACCACACAGACUGUAGUCCAGAGUUCAGUGAAAGCGACCAUGGAGAGUCAGGCUACUAAGAAUUUCGAGAAUCGCGUCAAAGGCUUUGUCAACGCGGAGAACAUUGGCAAGAUUGGAAACGAUAUCAAGUCUUUGACACUUAGUUCCAUGACUGCAGUCCUGGACGUGGUAGCACCACCGAUAGCAGAGCAUGAAAUUGUUGAGGUUUGGCUUGCACAUGAUAUGGUUGGUUACGUCGGUCUGGAGUCGAUUGUCUACAAAGCUUUCUCCAAAGUAAUGGAGCAGACUGAUGGCGGCGACGUGGUCGUCCAUCAAGGUGCAGGCACCACUAGCCCAGGAUCAGAAGAUAUCGCACCUGAGGAUCGACAAUUGAACGCUUGUGAAGGCUAUGAACAAGCUGUCAAACUCGCGAAAGCCAACAUUGAACAUUUGGUCAAGUCACACUACGAUGUAGAGAAAUACCAAGGAUCGGCGCCUACUGCCACCAAGAAUCCCAAUACAAAUGCAUCCGUCUGUCCUGUUUUUAUGGCCAUCCAGCCUUGCCGCGUACCUCGUCAUGGCUUCAAUGCUUCAAAGGCUGCUGAUGCUUCAAAGGGCUCAGAAGGUGAAACCAGCAGUAAGGCCAUGGACAAAGAUACAUUCCUCACAUUCGUCAUUGUCCUUCACGACCCCACCCAUAAGCUCAAUUUUGAGUCUUGCUCGCAGAGUAUGCCUGCUCAAUGGUUAUUGAUCCCUUACGAAGAGAAUGAGUGGGUUGAGGAUAGGAUGGUGGAUUGUAUCCGCCUUGCUGUCGGAGUAAUUGCACAGGACUAUGUCUGGACGAGGAUGAAGGGCGAUGAGAUCCAAAGACUUCAGAUCUUGGAGGCUGAAGCACAAGCCAAGCAACAACUAUUGGAUCAACAACAGAAGCAAGAGCAGGAAGCCAAAGCUUCGGGGCAGGGUGCAUUGAAUACUCCUAGUGGUUAGGUAAAGAGUAGAGGGGGUUUUUUUUAAUGCUUGUUAUCUAGUUUCGACUGUAGCCGUUUUCAUCAUCAAAUAUAACAGAAAUGUUUCACUCGA